GCGAACUGGUUCUUUAAUUAUUACAUCAAAAUAUUUUUAAAUGUACCAAUUUCAGAUUUUAAUUUCAAAACAGCUCGAACUGUUUUAAAUCAUUACUGAGUGCCCGUGAUUAGGGAUUAAUUUAUUCAGCCCCGAAAAGAAGUCCGCAAACAGAGCAGUGCGAAAGAUAAAGAAAUCCCUUAAAAAGGACCAAUACCAUUUAGGUAAUAGUUAUAAAAUAGAUAACGCCCCUUGGCGACAGCUGGUUAGUGACUUUCUACCUGAAACGUUAUUACAUUAACAAUAUUACCUACCUGAACAAACAACUAAUUUAAAAGUGAUCUGCACUCGCACUUAACACCGCAGUUGCAUUUUUCAAUCCAAUAUGAAAUCACUUGUGACUAUCUUCAUUUUGCUAUCCUUUGGACAGUUAGGCCUCGCAAAUAUGGCAGAAAUGCGUAAAAAGUCGCACAUUGAGGAAUUCGAAGGAAUGCCAGCUCUGUUCAGGGCCAUGUCCUCCUCUCCAAACGAUGGAUACACCUACAAUUGGACCGUGGUCUCGUUUUCAACGGCUGGACAACCAGGUUCCGGCCCAAACUGCACCGUGUUGUAUCUGGAUCAGUGCACAUCCUGGAAUAAGUGUAGACAGACCUGCCUGAAAACCGGAGCCACCAGCUAUAGGUGGUUUCAUGAUGGAUGUUGCGAGUGCGUGGGAGAACAGUGCAUAAAUUAUGGCGUAAACGAAAGCAGAUGUCGACUGUGUCCUGAACCGGGAAUUGAAGAUGAAGAGGAUUGAAACAUAUUAUCUCAAAAAUACAUAUUCUAAUGCCAGUUAGAAGCUUAAAAUUGGGUGUUAUACCUAAUGCUAGUUGUAAUUCAUAUUAAAGUUUAAGAUUUUAGGGAUUCACGAGAUGAUACGGUUUAACAAAAAUAAAAUAUACCGUUAAAAACAGUCUUUAAUUUUAUUUCUCCAGUUUU